AGGGUGGUGCGCGAGGGAGCCGGGAGUAGGGGGGUGCGGCUGGAUUUAGUAGGGGACUUGCGGGCCGGGGCCGUCGCCCGACGCCUGUGCCGGCUUUUCUCCCUCCGUCGAUUCGGAGGAGCCGGGGCGACCUUGGCCUCCAGCGUCUCCGGUGAACUGACGUGGGGGUGGCGGCCGGGAUGGUGAUGCUGGGCUUACUGCAAGCGGGCAGGUCGGUGCUGGGGCAGGCUAUGGAGCAAGUAACAGGCGGCAACCUCCUAUCCAUGCUACUCAUUGCCUGCGCCUUCACGCUCAGCCUGGUCUACCUGCUCCGCCUCGCCGUCAGCCACCUGGCCACACUGCCGGCUGGGGCGAAAAGUCCACCCUACAUUUUCUCUCCAGUUCCAUUCCUUGGACAUGCUAUAGCAUUUGGGAAAAGUCCAGUUGAAUUCCUAGAAAAUGCAUACGAGAAGUAUGGACCUGUAUUUAGUUUUACCAUGGUGGGCAAGACGUUUACCUACCUUCUGGGGAGUGAUGCUGCUGCACUGCUUUUUAAUAGUAAAAAUGAAGACUUGAAUGCAGAAGAUGUCUACAGUCGUCUGACAACACCUGUGUUUGGGAAGGGAGUUGCCUAUGAUGUGCCUAAUCCAGUUUUCUUGGAACAGAAGAAAAUGUUAAAAAGUGGUCUUAACAUAGCCCACUUUAGACAGCAUGUUUCUAUAAUUGAAAAAGAAACAAAGGAGUACUUUCAAAGUUGGGGAGAAAGUGGAGAAAAAAAUUUGUUUGAAGCUCUUUCUGAGCUCAUAAUUUUAACAGCUAGCCAUUGUUUACAUGGAAAGGAAAUCAGAAGUCAACUCAAUGAGAAGGUGGCACAACUGUAUGCAGAUUUGGAUGGAGGUUUUAGCCACGCAGCCUGGCUCUUGCCAGGCUGGCUCCCUUUGCCUAGUUUCAGACGCAGGGACAGAGCUCAUCGAGAGAUCAAGAAUAUUUUCUAUAAGGCAAUCCAGAAACGCAGAGAAUCAGGAGAAAAAAUUGAUGACAUUCUCCAAACUUUACUAGAUUCUACUUACAAGGAUGGGCAUCCUUUGACAGAUGAUGAAGUAGCAGGCAUGCUUAUUGGACUGCUCUUGGCAGGGCAGCAUACAUCCUCAACUACCAGCGCCUGGAUGGGCUUCUUUUUGGCCAGAGACAAAACACUUCAAGAAAAAUGUUACUUAGAACAGAAAACAGUCUGUGGAGAGAAUCUGCCUCCCUUAACUUAUGACCAGCUCAAGGAUCUAAAUUUUCUUGAUCGCUGCAUAAAAGAAACAUUAAGACUUCGACCUCCUAUAAUGACCAUGAUGAGAAUGGCCAAAACUCCUCAGACUGUGGCAGGGUAUACCAUUCCUCCAGGACAUCAGGUGUGUGUUUCUCCCACUGUCAACCAAAGACUUAAAGACUCAUGGGUAGAACGUCUGGACUUUAAUCCUGAUCGCUACUUACAGGACAAUCCAGCAUCAGGAGAGAAGUUUGCUUAUGUGCCAUUUGGAGCUGGGCGUCAUCGUUGUAUUGGGGAGAAUUUUGCUUAUGUUCAAAUCAAGACAAUUUGGUCCACUAUGCUUCGUUUAUAUGAAUUUGAUCUCACUGAUGGAUAUUUUCCCACUGUAAAUUAUACAACAAUGAUUCACACCCCUGAAAACCCAGUUAUCCGAUACAAACGAAGAUCAAAAUGAAAAAGACAGCAAGGAACUAAAAUGUGAAACAUCAGUGUAAACUGCAAAAGCAUUGAAGAGAAUGAAGUUCAUGAAACAACUCCCAGUGUACUUUUUUUUGAGUGUGUAAUUUUAAAAGACAGCCAGCUUAACUUACGGUUUUUAUAUUUUAACUGAAUGGUUCCAUCAAAUCCCAUGGCAUUUCAGAAAUUUCCUAAUAGUUUUAUGAUGGAUAAAGGAAAACUAUAAAUUUCUAUAUAGUUGGUUUCCUUUCCUUUAAGGAAAUCAGGCUCAUUAGUUUGGGGGGGAUCUUUGAUAAUUGGCAGAUUCUAAGUAACACAAUUUCCAGGUAUUAAUUUUAAGAGCAUACAUAGCUCUUGGCAAGUAAGUUCAGAGUAUUCAACUCUUGUAAUAGAUCUGCAAGUAUAAAAGCCCAGUGAAAUACUUGGAAGCCUUAGAUUAUUCAUUUGUUAGGCAAUGUAUGUAUGUGUGAGGAUGGGUGGGUAGGGAAUAAACUCACCUAUAAAGCCUUGGAUAAAAGAGAAUCCUAUUGUUUUGGUAUGAUAAUAUUUAGCAAUGAUGGAGCUAUAUUGUAGGAAAAUAUAUUUGAAAUAACUGGAAGUACUGUCUGUAGGAAAUUGAGAUCUAUGACAAUGACUAAUUGUUUUUCCUAAAAAAUAAUUAAUAUGAAAGACUGCUUGUGUAACUUGAUCUAAUUACUAAAUAUUACAUAUUUAUCUGUUUGAUAAAUUUGUAUCUGGUUCCACAUAGUUGCAUCUGUGUGGAAGUCCAAAAUAAAGUCCUUGAGGGAUAAAUUUUGUUCUUUGGCUCAAGGUGGUUCCUGCUUCCUCUCCAGAAUCUAAUUAGGGAUGUUUGUUACUAGUUCUGUUAGUUUAGGUUAACAAGCUUUUUAUUUUUUUCUUUUUAAAUAGAAAAUCUGAGAUUGGGGAAUGUGGCUUUAAGAUAAGGGUAAUACGAAGCAGGGGUCUUGGGAGUGUAUCACUGGUCAAAUUCUGUGAAGCCUGUGUUCAAGAAUCAACUCAAAUUGUAACUGGAGACGUAACUAUAUGAUACCUGUAAUUUGACCACGUACUUUGUUAUUACUAGAUGGGGUAAACAUACUUUCCCUUAUGUAUAUUACAGUUCUGUUUAAAAGGCUGGAGGACUCAUGUUAAACUCUACUUGUGAAGCUAAAAUCUGUGUUGUUGAGUUUUUCACAUUAAAAUUAUCUUUGAGAGUAUAGUCUGCAUUCACAAAUUGUAAAGUGUGUGGUUCAAUGAGUAUAAUUUAGGAAUCUAGGAACUUGGAUGGGAAAAAAGUUCCAUCUUUAUUUGUACUUAUUUCAAACUGUAAUUUAAUAUUUUCUUUACUUAUGAAUUUAGUCAACAAACCAUACUAGUAUUAGCAGUACUCAUGAUUUUGCAAACAGAAAUCACAGAUACUUUUCAUAUCCCGUUAUAGAUGUUGCAGAUCUCUUGAAAUAUCUUUAACUUUCAUCACUACUUUGACAUUAUGGUAUUAUAGUUAUUAGAUCUGCUAGAUCUUAUUUCUUUACUCAUCACAAAAAAUUUUUAAAGAAGUUUGACUAUUUCUAUAUAGUUGGUUUCCUUUGCAAUCCUAUAUAUUUUAUGUCUUUAAAAGCAUUAUUCUGAGAAGGGAUCCAUAGUUUCACAAGAUUGCUAGAGAGGUUCAUGGCACAAAAAAAAGUUAAAACUCUGGUAAGGCUGGUCCAUGUUUAGUGAAUAGUUUUAAGACUUAAAAAGAUUUAGUUUUUAACCACAGACCAAUUAUUGAGAAGCAUUAACAAGUUUGACUGCAGAGGCCUAAUGUCAUAAGGACGGUGAUGGUCAAAUGAUGAUGCGAGUGAAAUAAGAUUGAUCAGAGCACUUGUUUAUCUGCUCUCUUUUCCAUUCUCUCUUAAGAGUAGAAUUGCCUUGAAUGGAAAGCUAUGUUUGUUUAGCUAAAAAAGGUUUUACCCACAACCUCCCCUCUUCAACUAACUGUUUUAGAAUACAUUUGUAACUUCUAGAACUCCUUAUUGGAACCCAGCUGCUAAUAUGGAAAAUUUAGGUAAUUUGAAAUUUCCAAGAGUGUAGAUUGCCUGUUUGUGUUGGUGUAAAUCAUAGAAUAUCUAAUGGUAAAUAAAACCCUCUGGAAAUAAGUAUCAAAUACUACUCUUCUUGCUAUUUUAGUGAUGGCCGUGUUAUCAGUAGGACUCUAGUUAAGAAAUAACAUUGAGAUCUAUAUUAUCUCUGUGAAAGCAUCUCACUCUGAAUUUGGAUUGGACAGCAGGAAUACUGCUUAAUUCUGCUGCAUUGUGGUUAAUAAAAUUUAAGAUUCUGUA